AUGCCCGGUGUACCCUCGGGGCGGGCAUGCGAUGGGUGUCGCAAGACCAAGAAAAAGUGCGAUGAGAAACAACCCGCGUGUUCGCGAUGCAUUCGCCUGAAGAUACCCUGUGUGGGUUCAGGCCAAAAAAGAUACAAAUUUAUGGAGGAAAAUCGAUUUCCAAAAUCCCCGAACAGCGACGACGGGGUUGUGGAGCGCAGGACGUUAGCAAUGAACCAAGUCCAAUUUUUCGCGGCUUCCCCUUCGCCAACGCCCAGCAACGGAUUGACUCAGUUGUCCACUGCUUUCAUACAUACCAUCAAAAGAACCACCGAUCUAAGGUAUAACCUCUGGUGGGCAUUUGGGAUGUUCCUUGAAGAUGUCCCGCCACGUCUCGGUUCCAAUGAAGCAUUAGACCACUCUGUGGAUGCAUUGACCAGCGCACACGCAAGUUUUUCGAUCAACCGUGUCCCCUCAGUUGAUGCGCUGGCGAAAUAUUCUCGCGCGCUAAAAUCGCUUCGUUCUUGUCUAGAUGAUCCUGCCACGGCGCAGUCGUCUAGCACGCUUGGCGCGGUCAUGGUAUUGUUAUCCUGUCAGGGCUUCAUCGGCGGUCGAGCUAGAGGUUCCUUCACCGGCCAUGCCGAAGGCGCAACGCGCAUUCUCAAAGCCCGAAAGCAAUUCAUUCCUCGUGAUGAAUUUGAGCGCAAGGUGUUUUUGUCUUUGCGUGGUACUGUGUUUUUGUCUCUGCUGAUGGUGUUGUUCAAGCUAUUCGAGGGCCUUUUUAACCAUAAAAUAUCUCUGAGCCCCCACGAAUGGGAUAAUUUGGUUGCCAGUGAAUUAGAUAGAGGAACUCCCGACGGCCAGAUUCUUCAUUAUCUGUCGCGGGCACCAGGCAUAAUGCGACGAGGGAAAGAGGAAUUACGAUUAGGCCACGACAUCACAGAAAUUCGAAACGAGACACGAUCGAUCUACGAAGCAUGCAAAACCAUCCUGGCCGAAUUAAAAGCUCGAGAUGCAGCGGGUACACUUCCCGGUGUUGGCCCAACAUCAUCAGCUAUAGCCACAAUAUUACACGCCCACGUUCAACGCACCUACGGCAUAGGUCUUGCCAUCGUCGUCUUCUUUAACUGCAUGCUGGGUGCAUUAGAUCCAAACGACAAACUCCUUGCGCCUGAAAUGACAUACUUUGCCCGAGAAGUUGUCUCUCUGGCCUACCGUUCUGCAAUUUAUAGGCCGAUAGGCGCUGCCUAUAUUAUCGUUGUGCUUCAUGUUGCGUUGGCAGCAACCACCGAUCCACAAAUGCGGGAACUGUUGCAACAUACUAUGGGUGAGUAUCAGAAGGACAAGCUCUUUGGAACUGAGACGCUUGGUAUGCGAGAUGAGCUGGAAAACACCGCUCGACAUAUGCGGUUUGGUAUGGCUCCUCCACCAGAUUCUAUAGUAGAGACGAUAGACAUUUAA